GGAGCAGCGAGGGCAUCGUGUAUCUUUAUAAUCUUUCUAACUCUCCUGUGCUAAUCUCAGAGGGGCCACCCUCAAUAUAUCUGGAUUAUCCGUGUCCUUCGGCUGCCUCCUUCUUGCCGCUCUUGCUCCUGUUGGGAUGCGUGUGUGUAAGGGCUGUUCUGCUGGUCCCCCUGCACGUGGCGCCUCCAGGGGUGGUGUGUGCCUUGCCGUGCUGCUCCCCCCAGGGCAUCUUGUAUGGAAUGGAUAUAGCUCUCCAAGGGAGAGAAGUGCGUUCAUCCCCUUUAGAGUCCUGGGAGAAAGGGGACCAUCUUAGCAAGAUGGCCAUCCCUCUGCACCUUUGCUUCCGCCUCCAGGCGGCGCUGUGUGAGUGGGAAAGACCACUCGUCAGAACUGACGCUACCACAUCCCCCGCUUUCCUGGACAAAUGAAACAGUGUCGCCUAACCAACUCUGUUUAUCUCAUUGUUCCAACUCGGACACUCCAUGACUCACCCCUCCCAAUGUCCAGGCUAAGUGUCUCCACGUGAGGAAAUAAAAUGCAGGGUAGGGGUGGAGGGAACAAAAGAGCAGAGAUCACGUGAAAGCAGUGGGAUGGUGGGGAGAGGGGGUACCAAGGAGCAGAGGUGUCGGUUUAGGGGCAUCCUUCUUCAGGGUACACGCCUUUUCUCCCUGUGUCAACUGAAGAGAAAUAGCUCUCCCCCACCACAAGAAACUUUACAUCUUGCUAAGGUGUCAGGCCAGUGUAGCAUUUCCAGAGCUUUUAUGUCCCCCAACAGAAAUAUGAAUAGAGAUUAUCCCAUAGGCAACAGUCCCAUUUUAAAAUAUGCUGUCCCAUUGUCCCCUGGAGCCUGCUUUAACUUGUCACGUCAUGUGUUCUGCUUGGUAUAGAAGAUGCAUUCGCUGUGCCCAUAGGUGGCUGGGCAAGUGCCCAAUCGCUCCCUGAAGUAGCUUCAUUAUGCAACCUUGACAGCUGCCCCCAAGCCCUCCCUCCUCUCACACUGAAACACCCAGACCUGGAGAUAGCAGUACACACACCAAGACACGUGCCUAAAACCUAGCACUAAGAUAUGAUACACAGGAUACACAAUACACAGCCACACACACAGACAAGUACAGAUAAGUAAGUACAUUCCUACACCCAGACUGAUACACAAAGAGCCCUUGCUCACACACAUGUGGCUCAGGCUGUCAACAUCACAUGGAUCCAGCCACAAGCAGCACUAAUACCUCCUCCCACAAACACGUCCCUUUUGAACUAUCUUUCCUUGGAUCAAGUUCAAGGGGACAGAGAAGCAGCGAGAGCCAUCAGCUGCCCUUUCCCUCCAACUUCCCAGCACAUCUCUUAUCUCUGUCUCACACUUCACCUCUGGCCCCCUCUUCCUUCCUUGUGCUUGAAGAAUCCCUUUAUGCUGGGAACCCCCUGGCUUCUCCACCUUCGGAAAGCCUCCCUUUCCACCUUCGGGAAAAUACCCACCUUCUGGUCCCCACCUUUUUCCUUUCCUGAGUGCAGGUCCCCACCAGCGGAAUCCACCCUCAAAACAGGAAGCCCCGGGCCAGGGCCUCAAGUGGUCCUGAGGCUCAGGCAGGCAGUGGGCGUGGGGUAAAGACUUCCUGAAUGCAUCCCCAUCCUGCACUGCCCGCCCCAUAGCCCUGCCCAGAGCCAAUGGCCUUCAUUAGUCCCUGGCACUUAUCUGGGAACCACAGCCACUGACAGAAUUAUCCCAGCCCAUCUCUCUGCCUGCCCUGAGCCCAGCAGUGUCAUGGGGAACUGUCUGCACCCGAAUGUCCUCCAGGUGGCUGAUGACAACUCUACUAAGAUGGCCGUUGAAGACAAGAAUUGGAGUGAAUUUCUUGAGUUGUACGACGCAGACUAUAACUUCACCGACGUGGAAGCAGCUGCGCCCUGCCACUCCUGUAUCCUGCUCGACGACUCCUCACUGCCCUUCUUCAUCCUCGCCAGUGUCCUGGGCAUCCUGAUGAGUGGAGCCGUCCUCUACGCGUUUCUCAGACCUCUGUUCCCCCGUCGGGUCUACCAGAACCGGUCUAUCCUGGUGCAGUUGGCUGUGGGCAGUGCUCUCUUCAGCAUCAUGGUGCCCAUCCUGGCACGGGGGCUAAGUGGGGCCCUCAUCACCUCCCUGUGCCACCUAGCUCACUUGGUCUCGUAUGGCUCAGCCUUUGCCCAAGCUCUGCUGAUAGGGUGCCAUGCCUGCCUGGGCCCCAAACUGGGUAUAGGUCAUGUCCCAGGCCUCAGGCUGGGGAUCAGUGUGGGACUUUGGGGAGUGGCUGCCCUAUUGUCACUGCCAAUCACGCUGGGCAGUGACACUUCCCAUGGGCUCUGCACAGUGACCUUCAGUGGGGAAUGGGAAAUUCUGCGGUACAUACAUGCUGCAGCCUGUUUUGCCAUCUUCAUCUUGUUGCCACUGGGUUUGUUGGGAGCCAAGGGGCUGAAGAAGGCAUUGGGCAGGGGGCCAUGUCCCUGGGUUGAUAUCCUAUGCAUCUGGUUCAUUUUCUGGUGGCCUCAGGGCAUGGUUCUGGGAUUGGACUCCCUGGUGAGGUCCAGGGCCAUGGUGGUGUCAACAUGUCUGGCCCAGCAGACCCUGGACGUGCUGCUGGACCUGGCAGAAGCCCUGGCAAUAUUGCACUGUGUGGCUACACCCCUGCUCCUCGCCCAGGUCUGCUACCAGGCCAUUCAAACUUCUCUGCCCUCCCUGCCUCUCUCGGCAGCACAGUCUUCUCAUCUGGACAUCCUUGGAUGCAAAUCCUAGCUCUCUUCCCACCUGUCAACCUGAAUUAAAGUCUAUGCUGUUUUU